AUGCCGCUGUCGUCCCCCCGCCGUGCCUUUGUGAGCUCUGACCAGCCGAGACCCACCGCCAUGGCCUCAGCGUUACCCCGCUGCACAUCUGUCAGACUCCCCGCGGUGGCCACCGUCGUCCUGCUCCUGAUGUCGGUGACCACUGUACAGUCCUCUCAAGGCGACAAGGAGCCGGUUUACCGUGACUGUGUGAAGCAGUGUGUCCGGACCAACUGCACCGGAGCUCGGCUACGGGGCUUCCAGUCUGCCCAGCCGCAGUACAUGGCGCUGACAGGUUGGACAUGUCGUGAUGACUGUCGCUACCAAUGCAUGUGGACCACCGUGGGGCUUUAUCAGGCCGAGGGGUACAGGGUCCCACAGUUCCACGGCAAGUGGCCGUUUGCGCGCUUCCUGUGUUUUGAGGAGCCAGCUUCUGCCCUGGCCUCUCUGCUCAAUGGCCUGGCUUGCCUUCUAAUGCUGCUGCGCUAUCGGAGCACGGUGCCACGCCAAAGCCCGAUGUACCACACCAUCAACGCCUUCUCUCUGGUUUCUCUCAAUGCCUGGUUCUGGUCCACAGUGUUUCACACCCGGGACACGUAUCUAACUGAGAAAAUGGACUAUUUCUGUGCAACGGCAGUCAUUCUGUACUCGAUCUACCUAUGCUGUGUCAGAACAUUGGGUCUGAGGCGACCUGGGGUGUCCAGCAUGGUGGGAGUGCUGCUCAUCUUGGCCUUUACCUCGCAUGUGUCCUACUUGACCUUUGUCAGUUUCGACUACGGCUACAACAUGGCUGCUAACGCCACUAUCGGCAUGGUGAACCUCCUGUGGUGGCUGUGUUGGUGCUGGCAGAACCGGCGGACCCUGCCAUACUGGUGGAAGUGCGGCCUGGUGGUGCUGCUGCUUCAUGGUCUGGCCCUGUUGGAGCUGCUGGACUUCCCUCCAAUGCUCUGGAUCCUAGAUGCUCACGCUGUGUGGCACCUGAGCACCAUACCAGUCCACUUCCUUUUCUACAGUUUCCUGAUAGAUGACAGCCUCUAUCUACUAAACACAGAGAAGAUGGGUGUCAAAGUGGAGUAGGAGGAGCUCAUCACCUCUUCACCACGCCUACACCCUCGCACCUCUCCAAUCAGGGCAGCCGAACACGGAAGUAGCUCAGCCUCCCAGAUGACAUGCAUGACAGCAUUAUGACUUCCAUCAAAGUAGACUUUGUUUACAUUUCUCGUUUUAAUUGUUUCGUUUUUAUGGAUAAUUUCUUUCUUCUUUUAGAAUGAUCAAGAUUGAUGUUUGCUCUACUUAUCUUUGCCUUGUACUGACGUGCUCUACGGUUCUUUUGCCAUUCGCAAAAAAUGACUUCAAAACAGGAUGCAAGAAAAGGUUUACCACAGCAGACCCAGUUUUUGACUUCCAGUUGGGAUGCAUAUCCUGUUUCUUUUGACUCUCGGGUACUUUGAAAUUGAAUCUCUGCACCCGCGAUUUGACUCUCACCAGCCUCUUGGAAGUCCGACAUGUUAGUUUCUGCACAAAUGGCAGUUUGCGGUGGCUGACAAUAGAUGGCACCAAAUCUCUUGUCAGGCCAUCAUAACCUACUACUGUGUGGUACAGCAUGUGUCAGGGUCCAUCUGUGCCAAAAGUGGACUGGCGGACACAGAGAGGUGCCCCUUGUGAAGGGAGAUUGUUCUAGAGAGAGGGGGAAGGGGGUUUAUGUUUGGAGGCCAUACUAGCUGACUGUGUUUUUUUUUUUCUUUUCUCGCCAUCACACCUUUAUUUUUGUGCCUCUGUUGUUUCCACUGCUGCUUUUGUGUCUCUUCUUUAUAAUUUCAGAUCUUCAUUCUCAUCAGCUGCCUUUUCAGUCCUUUUGUUUGUCUUCGACCAAUUUGUGCUUUAAUCUGUUGACAGUUUUACUUUGAUUACUUGAUUUUGAAUUUGGGUGGGAUAUGUCUGAUGAUCAUAAGAUGGAAAUGUUACACUUAUUCACCUGGAUUGCCUUUAAGUGUGAGGAAAAGGAGAAAAUGAUUGAGGUAGGAAUAAUAAGCUACAGCAGGAAGCUGCAGUCAGUGGGGCUUUUUAUUUUACAUCAAGAGUUUCUAAUAAAUUCUGGGGUUAGGUGGUGUGUGUGAAUGAGUGUUCACGUGUUUGUUUGACGCCCAUUAUUUGGAUUUGGUUGCAUUUGUUGGUGUAAUAUUUCCCAGAAUGGCACACACACACACAAAACCAGCUGCUUUACAGAUAACUGCCCCAUCAUGUAAAAUACUCCUUUUUGUUUCCCUCCAUGUCUGCCUUACACACUGUAUCAUAACUUGCUUGUCAAUGACAAUAUUUCUUUUUUUUAAUCAGAUCUUUUUUUGCUCUCAAAGUUAGCACCAUGCUCUUGAAUUCAUACCACGUAUGUCUUCAUCCCUCAGAGUUUCCCUUCCAUAUGUGCACUUUACGUGUGAGUCUGUACAUUUACAUGCAUUUUUUGUUUGAAAUUCUGCCCAUGCCUUUUGUAUUUCUGUGCGAGAAUGUGAACAAUGACCAGUACGUGUGUACACAUUGCCUUGACUCGACAUUGUGUUGUUUUUGCCAUCAUAAACUGAAUCACUGUGUGUGUGUGUGUGUGUGUGAGAAAGAGAGAGAGCUAGAUUGUGCUUGAUCCUUUUCUAAAGCGACUGAUGUGUGAGAAUGUCUGUGUGUGUAUGUUGGAGGUUUGCUGCGUGAAUAUGUGUGAGACGACGGGUAAAUUUAGCUUUGCUGACAGCCUGUGAUGGGGGUGGGGGAAGACCGAGGGCGACAGACAUGGAGAGGUUGUCGUAGGUUUGGGUGGCAAAAAGAUUCCAGAAAUCACAGCAGAAAUACUGAGCUCAUGAGAUAAGAAACGUUAUAUAGUGCAUAUUGUAAUUGUUAUGGGCCAAGAUAUAUUAUCAAAAGUAGUAAUGUUUAUAAAGCACUGAGAUUCAUAAAAAGGUGUCUGUGGCCCAAUUAUGACAAAAGACAUACUUAUAAAAAGCUAAAACAAGACUUGUUUGAACAAAAUCUAAUUUCAGUUUACCACAAAAUCAUUGCCAACUCAAAACUGAAAGUGUUUUGUCUUCUGAUAGAAAACUUGUUAAAUAAUUUCACUGGUAUUUGUUUUAAUAAGUUGAAGAUUUCCUGAGGAAUUAGCAUGAAACAAUCUCCAAAGUUUUUGCUCUGUAAAUCAUUUCACUGUUUACUUCAUUCUUCCUCACUAAUAACCUCCUGUUGUCUCACUCAUCUGCUGCCCCCUGCCUGCUGCCCUGUGCACAUCCACCUCUCCUACUGAGUGCACUCUCCUCCACCUCACAUCUAAUAGUUGACCAAAAAAAAAAUCUGAAAGAAAUUGAGCAAAUAAAAGUAUUCUUUGUU